UUGAAUAACAAGGCCAAGAAACAAUGAGCCAAUAACUUGUCAUCAUUCCCUCUCCUUCUUCUUCUUCUUCUUUCUUCUUCAAACAUUCGAAUUCGACUGCCGAGCGAUUCUCCUCAAACUCAAACGCUCCUUUCAUCCCUCAAUUCCUCUUGUGCGCUGAAGAUUUCUGGGAGUUUCCGGGGUCGAAUCCGGCUUUCUAUUUCUCAGAAAGGCUUUGACCUUUACUGGGAAAGGCCCGAGAUUCGGUGUUGGUGUUUUGUUCUUCAAGCUCGUUUAAUCCGGUAGAUUCGAGGCACAAUGACUGUCAAAACUCCUGGAACACCAACUUCAAAAAUAGACAGGACACCGGCAUCAACACCGGCUUCAAAAAUAGACAGGACAGUAGUCUCAACUCCAGGUGGGCCUAGAGGAGCUAAGGAGGAGAAGAUCGUUGUCACGGUGCGUUUAAGGCCUCUAAACAAAAGAGAGCAACUAGCAAAAGACCAAGUUGCGUGGGAAUGCCUCGAUGACAACACGAUUGUGUACAAGCCCCCGCCUCAAGAACGCUCGGCUCAACCGGUCCCAUUCACAUUUGAUAAAGUUUUCGGUCCUAGUUCCUUAACGGAAUCAGUGUACGAGGAAGGAGUGAAAAAUGUGGCCUUGUCUUCGUUGAUGGGCAUCAAUGCAACUAUAUUCGCUUACGGGCAAACGAGCAGUGGGAAGACAUACACAAUGAGAGGGAUAACAGAGAAAGCUGUCAUUGAUAUCUACAACCAUAUCAUCAAUACACCGGAGAGAGACUUUACAAUAAAAAUUUCUGGAUUAGAAAUAUACAAUGAGAACGUGAGGGACCUCCUAAAUUCAGAAUCGGGUCGUAGUUUGAAGCUUCUAGAUGAUCCAGAGAAAGGUACAGUGGUUGAGAAACUGGUGGAGGAAACUGCAAGCAAUGAUCAGCAUUUGAGACAUUUAAUCAGCAUUUGUGAAGCCCAAAGACAAGUUGGUGAAACUGCUUUGAAUGACAACAGCUCCCGGUCUCAUCAGAUAAUAAGGCUGACAAUUGAAAGUACGCUGCGUGAGAAUUCUGACUGCGUGAGAUCUUUCGUGGCAAGCCUGAACUUAGUCGAUCUGGCUGGAAGCGAAAGAGCUUCGCAAACACAUACAGAUGGUGCUAGGCUCCGGGAAGGUUGCCACAUCAAUCUUAGCUUGAUGACACUUACAACUGUCAUUAGAAAGCUGAGUGGUGGGAAAAAAAGUGGUCAUAUACCCUAUAGAAACUCAAAGCUCACUCGCAUAUUGCAGCAUUCUCUCGGUGGGAAUGCACGCACUGCCAUCAUAUGCACCUUGAGUCCGGCAUUGAGCCAUUUCGAACAAUCUCGCAAUACGCUCUUCUUUGCCACUAGGGCAAAGGAAGUAACAAAUAAUGCUCGUGUGAAUAUGGUUGUUUCGGACAAACAGCUAGUGAAACAUCUGCAGAAGGAAGUAGCGAGGCUGGAAGCAGAGCUGCGCACCCCUGACCCGUCAAGGGAAAAAGACUUGAAAAUUCAGCAGAUGGAAAUGGAGAUUGAAGAACUGAAACGCCAAAGAGAUCGUGCUCAAUCUCAAGUGCUCGAAUUACAGCAAAAACUUGACGAGGAUCCACAGGGUUCAAACCCUUCGGAAAUACCCCAUCCCUCUGUGAAGAAAUGUCUCUCAUACACCGGUGUUCUAUCAACAAAACCCGACAAAAAGGAGAUAGGCCCUGGUGAUAGAGCAAGAAAUUUGAGGCAGUCUAUGAGGCAAUCAUCAACUGCUCCUUUCACACUAAUGCAUGAAAUCCGAAAACUUGAACACCUGCAAGAACAGCUAGGGGAAGAAGCAAAUCGAGCUCUGGAAGUAUUACAAAAAGAGGUGGCUUGUCAUAGGCUAGGCAACCAAGAUGCAGCUGAAACAAUUGCCAAUCUGCAAGCAGAAAUAAGAGAAAUGCGUUUUGUCAGAUCAGUGCCAAAAGAAGUUGAGUUUGGAACUGUCGUUGCUACCAACAAGAGUGUAAGUGCUAAUCUCAAGGAAGAGAUUACGAGACUUCAUUCACAAGGCAGCACGAUUGCAAAUCUCGAGGAACAGCUAGAAAGUGUUCAGAAGUCGAUAGAUAAAUUGGUGAUGUCUCUUCCUAGCAAUCAACAAGAGUGCAAUAUCGAGGCAUCCCUCAAGUCUAAGAAAGAGUCUAAAAAGAAGUGCCUACCUUUGACCUCAAGUAACAUUGCCAACCGGCAAAAUUUCAUCAGAUCACCUUGCUCACCUCUAUCAGCUUCUCGGCAAAUUGCAGAAUCUGAAACCGAAAAUAGGGCUCCUGAGAAUGAUGAUAUUUUGUCCGGCGAGAUUCAACCAGAGUCUGAGAAGAGGACUCCGACAAAGAAUGAAGAAUGUGGAGAUGUCUCAUCAAAGGAGAGCACUCCAACAGGGUAUCGGCGUUCUAGUUCAGUAAACAUGAAGAAAAUGCAGAAGAUGUUCCAAAAUGCAGCAGAAGAGAACGUAAGAAACAUUAGAACAUAUGUAACGGAACUGAAAGAGCGGGUGGCCAAACUGCAGUACCAAAAGCAGCUACUAGUUUGCCAGGUUCUGGAGCUGGAAGCAAAUGAAGCUGCCGGGUACAAUUUAGAGAAUGACGAGAACAUAUGUGAGACUGAGGAGCCCCAAGUCUCGUGGCAAAUAACUUUCAAGGAACAAAGACAGCAGAUCAUUGAGUUGUGGGAUUUGUGCUUUGUCUCCAUCAUUCACAGGACACAAUUUUAUUUGUUGUUUAAGGGUGACCCAGCAGAUCAAAUCUACGUGGAAGUGGAGCUGAGGCGGUUGACAUGGCUGCAACAGCAUCUUGCGGAACUUGGGAAUGCUAGCCCUGCUCAAGUGGGAGACGAACCCACAGUCUCUUUGUCAUCAAGUAUGAGAGCGCUAAAGCGCGAAAGGGAGUUCCUUGCGAAGAGGUUGUCUUCACGCUUGAUGGCAGAGGAGAGGGAUGCAUUGUACAUGAAAUGGGAUGUCCCGCUGGAAGGAAAGCAGAGGAAGCUGCAGUUUGUGAACAAGCUUUGGCAAGAUCCCCAUGAUCCCAGGCACAUACAGGAGAGUGCUGAAAUAGUUGCAAAACUUGUUGGCUUCUGCGAAAGCGGAAACUUGUCGAGAGAGAUGUUUGAGCUCAAUUUUGUGCUCCCAUCUGAUAGGAGGCCAUGGAUGAUGGGCUGGAACCAGAUAUCCAAUCUUCUUAAUUUGUGAGAAGUACAUUUUUGUUGUAAGUACUUCACAUUCUUUGAAAUAAUGUACAUGUAAAUGCUUUUUCAAGGUUUCAUUGUCUGUGUUGUGAAGUGUGACCAUUGAGCACAAUGCACGCUAUGCAUGGUGUUUGAUUUGGUACCCUAGUUUUCUGUAAUCUUCAAAUCUCAAUAAAGAAUCGAUUCGUUUCCAA